AUGGCGUUUGUCAUCUGCAGCCACACUGCUUGGAUCCAGGCCACUGGAGGAUUUGACUUGAAGCCCAGAGCCCAGCCACAGGGCCACCAGCCGCUCGGCCCUCAGGCUAGGGAAACCAACGUCAGAGAGGUCAGGCCACUGGUGGUCACCGAUGCCUCCUUCAAGGUGAAGAGCCAGGUCUACAGCCUGGAGAGCCAGGACUGCAAGUACACACCGAUGUUCGGGCUCGAAGUCCGCACCCUGGUCCUGCACCUCGCUCGGCUCAUCACACAGGCCAAGCAGACUGCCAAGUCCGUCUCUGACCAGUGCGUGGAGAGCCCAGGUGGCUCCUCCUUCCUGUCACAGGUGGUCUUCAGCCCCAGGGACACCAACUGCCCCUACCCAGACAAUGACCUGGACGAGAUGGGGCAGGACAGCAUCUGGAAGACAGAUGAGUACCUGGAGAAGGCGCUGGAGUACCUGUGCCAGAUAUUUGGGGCGUUUCUCUAACGGCUCAGCAAGGCCCAGCUCACCCAGCUCACAGCUGCCUUGGGGACCACUCAGGACGAGAAUGGAAAGAAGCAGCUCCCAGACUGCAUCGUGGCUGAGGAUGGACUUACCCUCACGCCCCCGGGCCGGUACCAGAUCAUCCACGGGCUGCGAAGGUUUGAAAUCGAGUCCCAGCGGGACUCAGAGCUGCAGCCCAUCCGGAGCUAUGAGAUCACCUGCCUGGUCCGUGCUCUCUUCCGGCUGUCGUCCGCCAUCAACCGCAGAUUUGCAGGUCAGAUGGUAGCUCUGUGCUCCUGCAACGACUUCCUUGGUAGCUUUUGUGGCUGCCACGUCACGGAGCUGGCACUGGCUGACAGGCACCGUCUGAGCCCCGUGGGUUGGAGGCAGGCGGCCAGCCAGGCCCGGGGCCCCAGGCUCAGCCUGUGCUUCCUGGGCAGCUACUGGACGCUGCUCUCACUCCUGCUGGCCUUUGUGGCCUCUUUGUUCUGUGUCGGGGCCCUGCCCUGUGCCCUGCUCCUUGUCCUGGGCUACGUCCUCCACUCCAUGGCCAUGACGGUGCUGACCGAGUGGGGCAAGCUGCAUCCGCUCUGA